AUGACGAUCGGAUACCGCGUUGUCAUCGCGUGUUUGAUCAUUUUUGUCAUCUCCAUCAAAGCACUGCCACAGGAGUUCAAGCUCUACUCCGGAUACGUGUUUUAUGUUUGGCUCUCAGUCGUCAACCUCUUCAUGGUCUCCGUCUUCUGGGGAUUCAUGGCCGACUCCUGGUCGCUCGAAGAUGCAAAGAAGCUCUACCCCUCUAUCGGAGUGGGGGGGACCCUCGGCGCGCUGCUCGGAUCAUUUACCGCGUGGAACACCACAGAUCAGAUCGGACCGAUCUUUCAGAUGCUCGCUGCGUGCGUGUGUUUCGAGAUCGCCGUGCAGAUCAUGCGCCGAGUCAAACCCGCCGCGCAUCAAACACAAGAACACCAUCACCAACCCAUCGGCGGUUCAUGGCACGAGGGCGCCAAAGCGCUCCUCCGAUCCCCAUACCUGCUCGGAAUCGGUCUGUACAUCACACUCAUCGCGAUCAGUUCCACGCUGAUCUACUUCACCCAAGCGAACAUUGUCGCGGAUGCCGAGGAAGAACUCACCCAGCGCGUCGCGCUCUUCGCGCAGCUCGACAUGUGGACACAGCUCGCGACCCUGCUCGUCCAGCUCUUCGUCACCGCGCAGCUCAUCAAACGCCUCGGGAUCGGGAUCACGCUGUGUAUUCUCCCAUUCGUCACCCUCGCCGGAUUCACCGCGCUCGGAUGGAUCUCCUCGCGCCCAAAUGUCGAGGGCUGGCAGAUCUUCGCCGUCUUCGCAACCUUCAACGCAAUCCAUCGCGCCAGCCGCUACGCGAUCAUCCGACCGGCGCGUGAGACACUUUUCUCUGUCGUCAGCAGACAAGAAAAAUACAAAGCCAAGCCCAUCAUUGAUGUCUUCCUCUAUCGAGGGGGCGAUGUCGCGGGCGCCGGAAUUGAGAACGCGCUCGCCGCCGCGACGAUCGGGAUAUGGGGGAUGGUCAUGGUCACCGCGCCGUUGGCGGUUCUCUGGUCAGGAAAUCACAACAUGAAAACCCGCCGCGAGUUCAUCACCGACGCCAGCGCCCUCACCAUCGGCGCCGCCUUUCUUCCGUCCACGCUAGCCCCCUCCGCUCUUGCAGGAGGCAUCUUCAAACCCAAAAAACUCAACAUCCUCAUGCUCGGAGGCACCGGAUUCGCCGGCCCCAAAAUGGUCCAGCGCGCCCUCGACCAUGGACACAACGUCACCCUCUUCAACCGCGGCCAAACCGCUCCCGACAUGUUCCCCGACAUUGAGCACAUCCAAGGCGACCGCUACACCGACCUCUCCGGACUCGAGAAACUCGUCGCCGAUGGACGCAAGUUCGACGCCGUGAUCGACACCUUCACCUACGUCCCCAAAACCGUCACCGACACGAUGGACAUCCUCCUCCCGAUCAUGGGACAGUACGUCGUCAUCUCGACCACCUCCGUCUACGCGUCCCGCACCAACCCCGGCAUGGACGAGACCGGAGAGCUCGCAACCGUCUCCGACGAAAUCGCCGCGGGAAUAACGACACACAGAGAAGUUGGAGUCCACUACGGCGCGAUGAAAGCACGCGUCGAAGCAGCGGCUGAAGAACGCUUCCCCGGAAAGGUCUGCGUGAUCCGUCCGGGACUCAUCGUCGGAGACCGCGACACCACCGGACGAUUCACCUACUGGUCCGUAAGAGCAUCCGAAGGCGGCACCAUGAUCGGCCCAGGCAGCGGUAACGAUUUCAUCCAAGUCAUCGACGUCCGCGACCUCGGAGACUUCACCAUCCACUGCAUCGAACAAAAACACAUGGGCGCGUACAACGGCAUCUCCCCCGCAGGUCAAUGGACCAGCAAGGACAUGGUCGAAUCCGCAACCCGCGUCGCCAAAGACAAGCUCAAUGUAAACACCAAGAUCGAAUGGAUCGACGAAGCAUUCCUCUCAGCCAACGGCGUCAACGCAUGGCAACACAUGCCCGCGUGGGUCCCCAACUCCGCCGACGGUUACCAAGGACAAGGCCAGCUCUCCACCGCCAAGUCCAUCAAAGCCGGUCACACCAAGUGUCCAGAAGAACGGAUGGGGUGCAUCAAUUCCGAGAACAGCACUGGUUGCCUCGCAUACGACUUUGAGAAACGAUGGGCCCGAAGUAUUGUUCAUAUCGAGUUCGAUAUCGAUCAAGAGUUCGGGGAGGCAAGGAUCAGCAUGGGAAUCAUGGAAGCUGAAGACAACGCAGCAGAUCAGCCAAACAGGAACACGAUCCAUCGAAUCAAUCAGACCAUCCACUACACAAUCGAUCCGAGCCGUGUCAUGGUUCCUGAUUCUUCUGGUGAUACCCUCGACCAGAUCCAAAACCAGUUCAAAGCGAAACUCAUCGUUGUGUACGACAGCCAACAACAACGCUGGGUCCCGGUAGUCCAGCUCGUUUCAUCUGCCAGCAAAGACUGUGCUGAAGACUCUGUAAUCUUUGGUGGAAUGGUGUCAGUGCGGGCUAUACGAAAGGACUUCCCAGAUACCCACGGCCAAGAGAUCCUCAGAAGCGACCACGACCAGACAUGGUGGAGACUCGGGUGGAAAGAGGUAGACCCGCCAAACCUCGACCCCAGCAAGCUUGAGGACAUAUCCGAACAAGAUCGCCUACGUAUUUUCAACCCAAAACCAAGGUGCGAUCUCACCGCACGACCAGAGCAAAGCACAUUCCUCCCAGGAGAAGUCAAGCCAACAUACUUCUUCCCUUCAGGAAUGAAAGACGAUUACACCCUCAUCGUCCGCAUCCAACCCAUAAAAGGCAACGCUCAAUACUCCUUCGGCGGGCUCUGGGCUGACCGUAUAUAUACAGGCAACCUCGACUUUCAACUCGACAAUUGGACACUCGCUGAACUCAAGAGGUAUGUUGUCAACGGCACGGUCCCCGACCACGCUAUGCCAUGA